UUGUCCGGCCGGGCCGGUUGGUGUGGCCCGUCAGCCCGCGCUCCGCAGCGUCCGCGCCGCGCCCAGCCCGGCGGAGUCGAGCCGCGGCGGCCAGGUCCACGCGGGCGGCGCGCGCUGACGGAGGGCGGCGGCCGCGGCCAGGGCGGCCCGUGGGACCGCGGGCCCCCGGCGCAGCGCCGCCCGGCUCCCGGCCCUGCCGGCCUCCUCCCUCGGCGCCGCGGCCAUGGCGGCCAGCGCGAAGCGGAAGCAGGAGGAGAAGCACCUGAAGAUGCUGCGGGACAUGACCGGCCUCCCGCACAACCGCAAGUGCUUCGACUGCGACCAGAGGGGCCCCACCUACGUGAACAUGACGGUCGGCUCCUUCGUCUGUACCUCCUGCUCCGGCAGCCUGCGAGGGUUAAAUCCACCGCACAGGGUGAAAUCUAUCUCCAUGACAACAUUCACACAACAGGAAAUUGAAUUCCUGCAAAAACAUGGAAAUGAAGUCUGUAAACAGAUUUGGCUAGGAUUAUUUGAUGAUAGAUCUUCAGCAAUUCCAGACUUCAGGGAUCCACAAAAAGUGAAAGAAUUUCUACAAGAAAAAUAUGAAAAGAAAAGAUGGUAUGUUCCCCCAGAACAAGCGAAAGUGGUGGCAUCAGUUCAUGCAUCUAUUUCAGGGUCCUCUGCCAGUAGCACAAGCAGUACACCUGAGGUCAAACCACUGAAAUCUCUUUUAGGAGAUUCAGCACCAGCACUGCACUUAAAUAAGGGCACACCCAGUCAGUCCCCUGUUGUAGGUCGCUCUCAAGGGCAGCAGCAGGAAAAGAAGCAGUUUGACCUCUUAAGUGAUCUUGGCUCAGAUAUAUUUGCUGCUCCAGCUCCUCAGUCAGCAGCUACAGCCAAUUUUGCUAACUUUGCACAUUUCAACAGUCAUGCAGCUCAGAAUUCUGCAAAUGCAGAUUUUGCAAACUUUGAUGCAUUUGGACAGUCUAGUGGUUCGAGUAAUUUUGGAGGUUUCCCCACAGCAAGUCACUCUCCUUUUCAGCCCCAAACUACAGGUGGAAGUGCUGGAUCAGUAAAUGCUAAUUUUGCUCAUUUUGAUAACUUCCCCAAAUCCUCCAGUGCUGAUUUUGGAACCUUCAGUACUUCCCAGAGUCAUCAAACAGCAUCAGCUGUUAGUAAAGUUGCAACGAAUAAAGCUGGUCUACAGACUGCAGACAAAUACGCAGCACUUGCCAAUUUAGACAAUAUCUUCAGUGCUGGGCAAGGUGGUGAUCAGGGGAGUGGCUUUGGGACCACAGGUAAAGCUCCUGUUGGUUCUGUGGUUUCAGUUCCCAGUCAGUCGAGUGCAUCUUCAGACAAGUAUGCAGCCCUGGCUGAAUUAGACAGCGUUUUCAGCUCUGCAGCCACCUCCAGUAAUGCAUAUACUUCCACAAGUAAUGCUAGCAGCAAUGUUUUUGGAACAGUGCCAGUGGGUGCUUCUGCACAAACACAGCCUGCUUCUUCAAGUGUGCCUGCUCCAUUUGGAGCUACACCUUCCACAAAUCCAUUUGUUGCUGCUGCUGGUCCUUCUGUGGCAUCUUCUACAAAUCCAUUUCAGACCAAUGCCAGAGGAGCAACAGCGGCGACCUUUGGCACUGCGUCCAUGAGCAUGCCUGCGGGGUUUGGUACUCCUGCUCCCUAUAGUCUUCCCACCAGCUUUAGUGGCAGCUUCCAGCAGCCUGCCUUCCCAGCUCAAGCAGCUUUCCCUCAGCAGACAGCUUUUUCUCAACAGCCCAAUGGUGCAGGUUUUGCAGCAUUUGGACAGACAAAGCCAGUGGUAACUCCUUUUGGCCAAGUUGCAGCCGCUGGAGUAUCUAGUAAUCCUUUUAUGACUGGUGCACCAACAGGACAAUUUCCAACAGGAAGCUCAUCAACCAAUCCUUUCUUAUAGCCUUAUAUAGACACUUUACUGGAACGAACUUUUACGUGGUCACAUUACGUUUCUCCGCCUCUUGCACUGUUGUCUUGUUUCACUGAUCUUAGCUUUAAACAUGAGAAGUCUUUAAAAAGCCUGCAUUGUGUAUUAAACACCAGGUAAUGUGUGCAAAACAGAGGGCUCCAGUAACAACUUUUAACCUGUGAAUUGGCAGAAAAAGAUAGCGGUAUCAUGUAUAUUAAAAAUUGGCUAAUAUUAAGUUAUUGCAGAUACCACAUUCAUUAUGCUGCAGUACUGUACAUAUUUUUCUUAGAAAUUAGCUAUUUGUGCAUAUCAGUAUUUGUAACUUUAACACAUUGUUAUGUGAGAAAUGUUACUGGGGAAAUAGAUCAGCCACUUUUAAGGUGCUGUCAUAUAUCUUGGAAUGAGUGACCUAAAAUCAUUUUAACCAUCGCUGCUGGAAAGUUACAAAGUCAAAAUUGGAAGGUUUUAUUCAUUCUUGAAUUUUUCCUUUCUAAAGAGCUCUUCUAUUUAUACAUGCCUAAAUUCUUUAAAAAUGUAGAGGGUUACCUGUCUGCAUAAUAAAGCUGAUCAUGUUUUGCUACAGUUUGCAGGUGAAAAAAUAAAUAUUAGAAAAUAUGCUAUUGUUUUUGUGUUCUUGCUGCAAUGCCUUUACCAAAGUGGCCUUAAAUAUGAGUAGUGAAUUGAGAACAUCUUGAAUUCUUAAAUUAGAAUUUCAGAAGACGUCUAGUGACUUUUAUGUCUAAAAGAAAAAAUUU